CUGCGCCGUGCGGCCCCGGUGGCGCAUUUUCCCCCAAGAGAGGAAGGUGGCGCCCGGCACAGCGGAAGGGGGCGGCGCUCGUCCCGCACAGCGGCGCUGCUGGUACGGACGGAGCCGAGCGGGCGGCUCGAGCCAACGUUGGAAAGCGAGGUACAUUCACUUUUGUAUGGGUGCAGCAUUUAGGGAGGUCUAAUCAGAUUAAUCACGCAAGUGAACUGUCUUUUAUGAAAGAGACAUGGAUGGGAUGGAUGAAACAUCUAAAAGAAUUCUAGAGCCAUACCAGUACUUACUUCAACUACCAGGUAAGCAAGUAAGAACCAAGCUGUCCCAAGCUUUCAAUCACUGGCUUAACGUUCCAGAAGAUAAAAUACAGGUUAUCAUUGAAGUGACAGAGAUGUUACACAAUGCGAGCCUGCUUGUGGAUGAUAUUGAAGAUAACUCAAAGCUACGACGGGGCUUUCCAGUGGCACACAGUAUCUAUGGAAUUCCUUCUGUAAUCAACUGUGCUAAUUAUGUGUAUUUCCUUGGCUUAGAGAAGGUUUUAACCCUUGAUCACCCAGAUGCUGUUAAAGUUUUUACUCGUCAGCUACUGGAACUCCAUAAAGGUCAAGGCUUGGACAUUUACUGGAGAGAUACUUACACCUGCCCUACAGAAGCUGAAUACAGAGCUAUGGUACUGCAGAAGACAGGCGGUCUCUUUGGAUUAGCUGUAGGCCUCAUGCAGCUCUUCUCGAAUUAUAAGAAAGACUUAAAACCACUUCUUAACACACUUGGCCUCUUCUUCCAAAUAAGAGAUGACUAUGCCAACUUGCACUCCAAAGAAUAUAGUGAAAACAAGAGUUUUUGUGAAGACUUGACUGAGGGCAAGUUCUCAUUCCCAACCAUUCACGCAAUUUGGUCAAAACCUGAAAGUACGCAGGUACAAAACAUUUUACGUCAAAGGACAGAAAACAUAGAUAUAAAGAAAUACUGUGUUCAUUACCUCGAAAAUGUGGGUUCAUUCGAGUACACUCGGAAUACACUGAAAGAGCUUGAAUCUGAAGCCUAUAAACAAAUCGAAUCACUUGGGGGAAACCCUGAGCUUGUAGCACUAGUGGAACAGCUGAGCAAAAUGUUCAGAGAAAAUGACAAUUAAUUAAUCUCCUGGGGAUGAAUGGAAGCUUUUAUUUUUUAACAAACAGGUAAAUAAACAGGCUAUCUGAAAGUUGUGACAGUCAGUCUCACUUAAAACUACUGUGUUGCCACAUGGCAGAUAUGUAUGUUGAGAAUAAGUUUGAUCACUGAGUAUUGCAGUAUACCUUAUCUAUACAGUCUUAAUUUUAACUGCUUGUAGAUGUCUUCAAAGCAUAUGCUAGAAUUGAAACAAACUAUGAAUCGUGAUUUUUACACGACUGUUGGCUUUACUUCAGCCCUAGAAACCUCACAGGUUACAGUAUAUCUUUAACCAAGCUACUGUAAAUUUCUGGCUGAAAUUCUGUAUUAAACUAAAUCUGUUUGACCUGA